CGAGGCACCGGUGCGUCGUCUGCCAAUUGUUGUCUCGGGAGCUGGCGUUCAAACUUGACUUGUAGACCCACGUCCGUAUUGUCUCGCGAAAAUGUCUUCAAAAAUCAUCCGUAAAGUUAUUCAGACCUCGAAAGCACCAGCUGCAAUUGGACCUUACAGUCAAGCUAUCCAGGCUGGGAAUACUUUGUAUGUGUCAGGGCAGCUAGGAUUUGACCCCAAGACAAUGACCAUCGAUGGUGAUGUUCAACAACAAACCAAAACUGCCCUCACUAACAUGGGUUAUAUCUUGGAAGCAGCAGGAUGCACAUUUCAAAAUGUUGUAAAAACUACAGUUCUUCUAGCUGACAUCAAUGAUUUUGCAAAAGUGAAUGAGAUAUAUUCAACAUUCUUUUCAGAAGCAGUGCCAGCACGUGCAGCGUACCAAGUUGCUAAUUUACCAAAGGGAGGACUUGUUGAAAUAGAAGCAGUUGCUGUUGUAGGGGAGAUAGAACAGCAGUAAAGGAAGCAUUUUGGUAUUUUUCUGCAAGAUACUGGAAAGUAAUGAGUUUUUCACCUGAGUAGGUGCAUGUGUAUGUACUCUAGUUUGUUUGUCAUCCACAGUCACAUUUCAUGAUACCACAUGUUCCUCUGAUGAACGUACAAUAGCAGUAUGUGUGCAGCAAAGUAUUGAACUUUCAUAUUGUUAAUUGAACUUUGUGUAAUGUAAAUAGUAAUCAUUAAGCAUGCACAGCAAUAUUUCUUUUAAAUAUUUACAAAGGUAUUUUUGUAGAAUAAAUAUUGUAAUAUGUACCUAUUUUGGGCAUUUUUUAGUGAAAUGUUAAUUUUUCAGCAGGGUGUAGUUUUACCAAUGCAUACUUUUGAUAUUACUGUAUUCAGUUGUACUACUCAGAAUGUGCUUAUUUUCCUUGGUUCUAUUCUUGUUUGGUGGUGGAAAGCAGCAUCUUUCCUUUGGAAAUUGUUUGAAAUUAGAUCUGGACUUUUGAUAAUGUCUUUUAAUGAAUUAUGGUGUGUUCUUUUGUACUUUAGAAUGGUAACUGAAAGACAACUUUGCUUUCUCUUCAUUAUUUGUUUUCCAAAAAGACAUUGAUAUAUGUGCUAUGUUUCCUCUCUAUAAUACAUUUUUAGUUUUUGAGAUGUUAAAAGGAGCUAUUAAGUCUGCAAAACUGUACUGUUGAAGAGUGAUAGUUCGUAGAAAUCAAAUAUUCCAUAGUUGUAAGUAUUUCAGUCGGAAAUAGAAGUCUCAAUUUUAUCUUUUCUAAGAGUACUGUAUUUUGGUUUACCUAGAGUAGAUGAUUUGGAUACUUAGGGUAACAAUAAAAAAGUUUGGUCAUGUA